AUGGUUUGUUUUGUAGCGAAAUGCGUUGAGCAUGCCUCUACUGCUUUAUCAAUGUUAUCAAAUGGGAAGGAUCAAUUUGACAUUGUUAUGGCAAAUAUCUUCUCUCCUGACAGAAGCACCUUCAAGCUUCUCCGAGCAGCUGUUAAAAUGGAUUUGCUAGUGAUUUUGAUGUGCGAUUAUGACGAUGAUAUGAUGGCAAGAAAUGCAUUGGAACAAGGGGCCUCUCUUUUUCUCCAAAAACCUGUUAAAAUGGAGGAUGUAAAGUACCUGUGGCAGCAUGUGUGGAGGAAGAAGACCUGGAAAGUUAAAGAAAAAGAACAACUUAGAGAGGUGAUAGCAUUCAACAGAAUGAGUAGAGGAUUUAAGGCUGAAGAAGAAAUUUCAUCGGAAAAUGUUAUGAGUGAUGACAACGAUAUUGUUGAAAAUGGAUGGAAAUCAAAAAAGAAAGUCAGAAAGGUUUGGACACAAUGGACUCCGGAACUCCAUGACAAAUUUGUCGAUGCUAUCGUUGAACUUGGUGAAGGAAGAUGUUACCCAAAGGAGAUACUAGAGCACAUGAAUGUACCUGGUCUUACAAGAAUGCAGGUGGCCAGCCAUCUCCAGAAAUGUCGUAAUGGGAGUUGGCGACCAUACGAAGAGAGACAACGUCACUAUAGUAAUGUUGAGUCAUUGCCGUUGACUGAGUCUACCAAGCCGAAACAAAAGAGAUUUGGUUCCAUGCCUGUUUUAACCGAACAUUUUGAGAAGCAGAAUCUCCAAAGCGAGGAAAACACUGAAAAAACUCAUCCACAAAUCUAUGAUAAAAAAGAUGAUGAUCACGUCUUUGAAUAUCAUCCUCAACUUUCUCAGGUUAAAUCCAAGCAAGAUUUAAGUGGAUACACAUUUGCUCAAGACAAUGUUGCAGGACCCUACACAGAACAGGUUGGCAAUAAUUUACAAACUGUUCCUGGUGCUUUCAUGCCUAAUGAGAAAUUUCUGUUUAGUUUCAAUAGUGUCACCAGUGGAAACCUGCAAGCAUAUGACACUGAUCAACCUAAUGAGCCAGGAUCUUCAAACAAGGGGACCAGUAAUGAAAGGGCAUAA